UGGAGGUUGCGAAAACAGGAGUAGACAGACUGUGUAACUGAAUAUGUGAAAGUGAAAGGAAGAAAGGGAACAAGUAAGACAUUUCAGUACAGAUUUCCAUCAUGAUAAGUGUCAGUUUGUUCCUGCUGUUUCUGCCCGUGGGGUUCUCUGCGUCUUUGGUGGGAUGGGUACAGUCUCCAGGAUAUCCGCACGGCUACUCUCCUCAGUCUGCUCUGGAGUGGAAACGCUGUGCUCCCGAGGGACACACUCUCACCCUCACCUUCAUACACCUGGACCUGGAGGACAGCCAGGACUGUGAGAACGAUGCCGUGAGGAUCUUCGUGGAUGACAUCCCACACUCCACUCUGUGCGGACGCAUGUCGACGGCCGAGCUGCGUUCUUCCGUUAAUCCCUCGCUCUACUCCCCUCCGAAGGGCUGCAUCUCACUCAAGUUCAGUGCCGACUACUCCAACACAAAGAGACACACGGGCUUUAGGGCGUUUUACACUAUUCAAGAUGUCGAUGAGUGCACAGACCCGGCGAACGAGUGCUCUCACCUGUGUAACAACUUUAUUGGAGGAUACCGAUGCACCUGCCCACCUGGAUACCUGCUGAAUUCAGACAAACACACCUGCACAGUGCAAUGCGAUGAGGAUCUCUCUGGAUUCAGGGAGGGAGCUGUGAGGCCACCUGGGAUUUUAGGCUCCUAUGCCUCAGAUGCUCGCUGUAACUUCACUCUGUCUGUGGAUGAAGGCCUUCAGCUACUGCUGACCUUCAACAAAGACUUUGACAUAGAGAAAGGAGAGGACGGCAACUGCAUCGAUUCUGUGACGAUUGAGACACCCUCGGGUUCUUAUGGUCCAUUCUGCGGCAAAGUACCUCCCGAACCAAUUCGCACUGGUACCGCAAAAGCUCAGAUCUUGUUCAGUUCCGAUGGAGGAGGGUCAAACAAAGGCUUUACCCUCAGUUACAAAGUCACAGCAAUGACAUGCUUCGGAAAGGUGACUCCACAUUCCAGGUUGACCCCCCAGCUUCCAGAAUAUCCAUACGGCAGCACCGUCACUGUACAAUGUGACGUGGGAUAUUUCGCGAGCGUGGUUGACACAAAGAGCGACGUGCCAAAUGAAUUUAAGUCAACGUGUCAGAAGAAUGGGGAAUGGAGUCCAGUUCAUCAGUGUACACCGGUUGACUGUGGGAACCCUGAAGCUGAUCUUCCUGAAGUAGUGCGGUUAAAAAACCCAACACGCAACACCCUAUACCAGGGCAAAAUCCAACUGGAGUGUGAAUCAAAAUAUUACAAGCUGGUUGGAUAUGAUUCAUUCACAUGUAAUGCGAAUGGAGCCUGGGUCUCGGAGAAUGGUAAAGAAGAGUGGCCUCGAUGUGUUCCAGUGUGCGGGGUAACUGAUACACAGGGUACUGGUGCUGGCAGGAUUACCGGCGGGCAGAAAGCCCAUCUUGGUUCAAUCCCUUGGCAGCUCCUGAAGAAAAAUCCUCGAGGAGGUGCAGCUUUGAUCAGCGAUCGCUGGGUCAUUACUGCCGCCCAUGUUGUUGAUGGCCAAGAAAAUUCCGUUGUCAGUUUAAUGGGGGGCAUGGUUGACGGCCAAGAUAAAAAUGCUAUCACCAUGGAGUCAGAGAAGAUCAUAAUUCAUCCCAAAUAUCAUAAAGUUGGCCGUGCUGGUGAAGAUCCCCCCAGCUACGACAAUGACAUUGCCUUGAUCAAGUUGUCAGAUAGGGUGAAACUUGGCCCUAACCUGCUACCUGUGUGUCUGCCGACCAAUAAGGAUGGGCGUGCGAUGGAGGGCAAGGAUGGCACCAUCUCAGGGUUUGGAGCAGUAAAAGAGAAUAGAUUAAGUCGGUAUUUACUUUAUGGGAAUGUGCAGGAGAAGUCAAAAGACAUCUGUGAGAAAUCCAGAGUUGGGAAGUUACCUUUCACACAGAAUAUGUUCUGUGCUGGCGGUGAUAAAGGUGUAGACAGCUGUAAGGGUGACAGUGGAGGUCCACUGGUAGUUCCUGUGUUGGGCUUUGGGAAUCCUGAUAGACCCUAUCAGCUAAGGGGCAUCGUUUCUUGGGGUCAAAACAGAUGUGGAUCGGGAGGAUUCAUCGGCUUCUACACCAAGGUUCAGAACUACCUGGACUGGAUCAAGGAAGUCAUGGAAGCAAACUAGUUUCAGUUUGAAAGUAGAGAUGCGUACAAACACUUUAUCCUGUUAUGCCUUGUUCAGCUUCUUUUCAUUUGUGUUUGUAAUUCAGUUGUCAAAAAGUGCACUCAAUUGUAUACAUGGAUUUUGAUUUACUCCAUCAAUAAA